GUAAGCACCCCUGUACCUGGGACAACGGAGGCUGUUCUCACAUCUGUAUCGUCAAGGGAGACGGAACCACACGCUGCUCCUGUCCUGUUCAUCUGGUCCUGCUGCAGAAUGAACUCUCCUGUGGAGAACCCCCCACCUGUUCUCCAGAACAGUUCUCCUGUGUGUCCGGGGAGGUGGACUGUAUUCCCCACGCGUGGCGGUGUGACGGCUACCCAGAGUGUGAUGACAGCAGCGACGAGGGAGACUGUCCUGUCUGUUCAGAUGCAGAGUUUCAGUGUGACUCCAGACAGUGUGUUGACCUCGGCCUCCGCUGCAACGGAGAGGUCAACUGUCAGGAUCGCUCAGACGAGAACAAAUGUGAAGUGCGGUGCUCCCCGGACCACUUCAGCUGUUCUAGCGGUCAGUGCGUGGGGAAACAUCAGAAGUGUGACCACUCUACAGACUGCUCUGACAACUCGGACGAGAUGGGCUGCUACCCAACAGAGGAGCCGUCCUCCCAGCCCACCAACACCAUCGGCUCCAUUGUGGGGGUUGUCAUGGCGCUGUUUGUGGUGGGCGCCAUCUACUUGGUGUGCCAGCGCGUGCUCUGUCCCCAGAUGAAGGACGACAGGGAGACAGGAACCAAUGAUUUGGUGGUCCACGGCCCUUCUGUUUCUCUGGGUUAUGUACCUCACCCUGCCUCUCUGUCCGGGUCUCUGCCAGGUAUGUCCAGGGGGAAGUCUGUGAUUGGUUCGUUGAGCAUCAUGGGUGGGUCCAGUGGCCCCCCUUACGACCGCGCCCACGUAACUGGAGCCUCCUCCUCAAGCUCCUCCUCCACCAAGGGCACUUACUUCCCCCCGAUCCUGAACCCUCCUCCAUCUCCUGCGACCGUCAGGUCUCAGUACACCAUGGAGUUUGGCUACUCCUCCAACAGCCCGUCAACGCACCGUUCAUACAGUUACCGUCCCUACACCUACAGUCACUUCGCCCCUCCCACAACCCCCUGCUCCACGGACGUCUGCGACAGCGACUACACCCCCGGACGCCGCGCCCCGCCCACCUCCAACUCCGGCGUCGCCAAAGGUUACACCAGCGACCUGAACUACGACUGGAACCCUUUCCCCACCCCCACCCCCGCAGCCAGUACCUGUCAGCGGAGGAGAACUGUGAGAGCUGCCCCCUCCCCCUAUACGGAGCGCUCCUACUCACCACCUCUACCCCCGCCCCCAUCACCCUGCACAGACUCCUCCUGA